CUUAACUUAGAAUCAUUUCUUUUGAUCCGUCCAUCGCCUACACGUAUAGAUACUGCCGUGAUCGACCUCAUCGAUGCGUUUAGUCUUUUUUGAAGGAUAUUGUUUGUUGGCGGUGGGAUCCUGUACAACUGAGGUGAUCGAUCGAUGAGAGUGGUGCCUGAUCGGACAGUUCUCGGGCGUUAGUUGCUGUUGUGUGGCAGCUGUGGUUGAUUGUAGAAGGGUUGUGAUCCGGUCGGGCCUUUGAUCCCAUGGACAGUGACUGCCGGUGUGGGCAGAAGGGGUGCAUAUCUGUGUGGGUGACAGAUUUCCAGAGUGCGAGUGUCUGGUCUAGUACCAUGAGGCGGCGAAUUGGUGGUGUGAGAGAAGCUCUGUGAGCGGUUAGACUUGUCAGUGGACGUGGGAUUAGUUAUUCUUUCAGAGGGUUUUUCGAGUGAUCGAGCACUGAUCGCGUGAAGCCUCGGGGGUUGCGAGGAUUGACGUAGUUCGGGUCGAGCUUACCAGCCAGGGUUUAAGAGGAAUUGCGUUGAUCACGAGGCCUUACUGGUGGAAACAAAGUAACUUUUUUUUGUUGUCGAGUCGAAGCAAGAGGUCUCCUACAAUUUUUUCCAGUAGUUUUCUUCUGUUCGCAUUCGAGGAUGGUUGGCGUUCAAGCUGACACUAGUCCUAGCGCUGGAGGGCUGUGCGUUAGAGUAACGCCUAGAAAAAUGGAGGAGCCGGGCUACUGUAAUCUCUCGCUGGCUGUUGACUGUACCCUUUCUCUAGGGUCCACUACGUCGCGGAUAGACAUUCCCGCUCGGCUCUCUCGUGCAGGAUCGCCUGAUCAGGACCACCCAUGGCCCCUGACAGUGCUAUCGGAGCGAGUGGAACGUGACCGGAGUGAACAGGACAUGUCUUGGGGCGGUAGUAGCAAUCGCAGCGAUCCCGACAUCUCUCCUGAGUAUUUCCCUCAGGUUUCCGAACGAGGCCGAAUCACUGAUUUCGGCAGAAAAGACUUCAAGGCAUGGCCAAGAUCUUCUUCUCAAUCAUACAAGGACGAAGCGAAUGCCUCCAAAUCACUAUUCAGCACGCUCGAAGAUCAGGCUUACAGCAACCGUUCAAGUCGUCAGCCUUGGCUACCGAAUUACUUUGCCUCUCGCGUCACGGUUGAGGCCAAAGCAGCGUCCAGGAUCGAGCAAGAAGGGGACGGCACUGCCCGUGUUUGUGCCCACUGUGGGACUUCGAAGACACCUCUCUGGAGGAACGGACCUGGAGGACCAAAGUCCCUCUGUAAUGCGUGUGGUAUUCGCUUCAAGAAAGCUGGACGGAGGUCUGCUGCUAGUGGUUGCUCUGAGUCGCAGACUUCUCCCCCAGUCACCACUAAGGUUGGGAGGCGGAGACCUGCGAAUGAUGAUCAACAGUACUGGAUGUUUCCUCCAGAAGUGAAGUCUAGGAAGAGAAGCAGAGGGCCUCUUGUCAGGACGUCGGAUAGCCUUCUAUCCGGAAGUUGCAUGACCUGGCAAUCGUCUCUGUUUGCUACCUCGCCAAAGAGCACACUGCAACAAGAUUUUAGAGCCUCACCAGUGUCUCGCAGUCAAGUCAAGGAGCUGAAUCUCCAAAUGGGUUCAUUUUCCUCUGAUGAGGAGGAAGGAGCUGUGCUGUUAAUGGCACUCUCUUGCGGCAUGGUGAAUGCUUGACCUGUCCUUGGCUUUCCAUUCAUUCGAGACACAUUUCAAAUGCACCAAAUUCGGUUGCAUAAGGCUUUGUAAAUAAAUUCAAGAGUAAUAACUUUCGUUAGUGGAUUCAGCUUGGUUAAAUUAUUCAAUGACACACUUUCAGUCUUGGAAGCAGUUCAGCUAUUCCCGUUGCCGGUGCUUUGGCCAUGCCGACUAGUGCUGCGGAGUAUAGAUUACGUACGUUGUGCUUCUGUUUCAGGGACAGAGCAUUGAUGAUCAAUUUUGACUGUAAUCGGUGGUAUUUAGUGGUAUUUUUGCAUCUUCUUGAUGUUUUUCUUCGAGGAUAGUCCUGCACUGUUUAGUUGAGAUUCCGCCACCUUCCUCUGUUCAUCGUUUUGAUGAAGGAAGUUGAUGUAGAGGUAGAGUCCAUUUCAAUGGAAUAAUGAAAAUUCUGCCCAUUUCGUACA